AUCCGCAGCAUGAUGACCCACGAGGACGCCCGCCUCGGUGCCGAGCUCGCCGAAGCCGCGCGCAAGGACAGCUCGGCCAUGCGCUCCAUCGCCAUGAUGACCAUGCUCUUCCUCCCCGGCGCCUUCUUCGCCGCCAUCUUCUCCAUCGAGUCCUUGCCCAACCUGGCCAAGGAAGAGUUCUGGAUCUUCUGGGCCUUUACGCUGCCGUCCACCAUUCUCGUCUUCCUCGUGUGGCGCUGCCACCGCUGGUCACAGAAGAAGUGGCAAAAGUACAAAAAGGCCAAGGCCGAGAGCAAGGAAAAGGCCAAGGCGGAAAAAGAGGGCGACGCCAGUGACGGCAGUGUCAUGGAAGCGCAGAACGGAAAGCAAGGCCACUGA